UGUGUGUGUGUGUUACAUAGUUCAGCUUGCAGUUGUUGUAACAUUUGAACUUGUAACCUCAGCGUGUCAAAUAGGUGAAAGGCAAGCGAACGCAGCAGCUCGACGAAUGCCGAAACGUGCUCAAGUUCAGUUCGCCAAACAACAAGCGACGAGAACAAGCAGUUUGUAGUGUAGUGUGUGUUGUUUGUAGUGCAGUGUAGGCAAAUCAGAGCAGGCCGAGCCAAAGCAAAGCUCAAAUAUGCCAAAAAUCACAGAAGCCUCGCCUCAGUCGAUUCCAAACACAGUUCGGUUAAACAAACAAAUCUAAUUUUUUUUCUCUUUCGCUUUUGUACAUUUUUUUUUUCUUCUUUCUUUUCACUAUAUAUUUGGCAAUAUGGCUAAAGCCCAGCAGCGUAACAACAACAACAACAACAACAACAACAAGCAACAAAAAUUGACGCCAACAGCAGCAAAGCAGCUCAAGCCAAAGCUGAAGACCAAGGCGCUGCCCAAGCUGCAGUCCAGCAAGCAGUUGAAGCAGCAGCGCAGCAAGCAGUGCCGCUCCAAGCUGAUGAGUCGUGCACUGCAGCCGCUGCUGCUGCCGCCGUCGAAGCGCGCGCUAAAGCAGAAGCGCGCACAGAAGCUGAACCAGCUGAACAAGUCGCCGCUGAAGCAGCGCAAAGCGAAACGCACAGCAGCAGCAGCAGCAGCAGCGUUGAGUGCAGCAAGUGGCGCAGCUGCUGUUGCCAAACGACGUUUGAAGGCAGGCGCUGCCACAAAUCAGCCGCACAUGUUGUUUCUUGUCAAGGACUCGCCGCAGCGUUUGCAGCGCAGCAAGAAAGUGAAGCAGCAGCAGCAGCAGCAGCAACAGCAACCAACACAUCAGCAGCAGCAGCAGCAGCAACCAGCGCAGCAGCAAACACUUGGCGUGCCACAAAUGAGCUUUGAUUAUUAUCAAAGCAAAGUGCAGGAGCAGCGAGCGCAGCAGCCCGCCCCACGCUCCACGCCGCUGCCCAGCCAGCAGUAUGGCAGCCCUGGCUAUGGCAACUAUGUGGCAGUCAAUGGCAAACCCCCGGUGCUGCAGCGAGAGAUUCACAUGGAGGUGCCGCUGUCCUAUCGACUGCCCAUCAUUGAUUUCAUAUCGACAAACGAUUUUGAGCGCAUGAAAGCGGCGCCCGCCAAGCGUCGGCGUGUCAAACCCUUGUACUGAAGCAGCGAGUAGCGAGUAGCGUGCCAGCGAGUAGCGAAGUCUUUUAUUGAUUAUUUCUUUUUGGCAAAUUUGCAAAGUCUUAGACAAAAUUUAAUGUUGAACGAUAUUGUAAAGUUCGUUGCUCAAAUGCAACGAGUGUUAAAUUGUUGUAAUGAUUUAGUAAAUUUAAUUGAUUAAAAGCAACGCGUUGUCAAUUGCAGCGUAACGAGUAAACUAUAUAUCAAUU